AUCAGAUGCAACCUUUAAAUGUAUACAGUUUAAUAAGCACUGUUAACAAUGUUGUCUGUGAUUUUAUUUUCAAUUUUGUCAGUGCUUUAACUCAAGAAAAUUCAGGUCACAACAGUUGUGUCGUCAAUAAAAUAGGAAAGUUACAUUUGUGUAUAAUGUAUAUGUCUUCCUUACCGUCUUUCUUCCAAUCAGUAAAACAGUGGAACUGGGAUUAAAUUUAACUUAAUUGUUAACUUAAGUUUAUACCCCUUAACUUAAACUUAAGUCUGAUACUUAAAAAUGUAAUCUUGACUUUGGUCGAGAAUUUAAAAAAUGUUCUGUUUGUCCUGUGAAUUCUCAAGAUAGCUGUGAUGUGUGAAGUAUAACCCCCCCUCCUACAAAACACUCUAAAAAAACAUCAUUUAAUUUUAAUAAAUACGAUUUAAAUCGUCGCAAUAAAAUUUCUUUUCAGAUAAAUAAAAACAAUAAUGGCCGAGAAAGAAAUCCCCGAAACAGAAAUAAAAAUGGCUGAGAAAGAAAUCCCCGUAACUGUAAAUAAAAACCACGUGGAUCUUCUUCAAACCAUUCCUGAUAGUUGGAUUCUGAGGGAGUGUGACGUGUACAAGGAUGAAAUGAAGUCCUGUAGUUCUGUCAGAGGACGCUUCCAACAAUUUUAUGUACACGGUAAGGUAAGCACUGAAGGUCACUACUCUAAUGAUGUUUGGGAAAAGCGUACAACCCCACCCGAAGAUUGGAAUGCCCCUCUCCCAGAUUGGUUUAAGGAAAAAAACGACAGUUCCUAUUUACAACUUUAUAUGGACACCAAAGAAAAAGAAGCAGCUUUAAGUUCCGAAGAGCUCCAAAUUGCGUCUAUAAAAGCAUCAAUGGUCAACGCCUUCCCAAGCUGUUCAAUCAUGUAGCUUCUGUAUUCUUGGUUCAAGAGGGGCUUUCUAAUAUCCAGAAUAGUUUGCGGAUUUUCACAAGAGAGUGUUAGAAAUCAAAUGAAAUAAAAACAUUUUCAUGGGGAAACAUUUAUGCUAGAAGCAAAGUCAUCCUUUGUAAUUGAUUUUUCUUUGUAGUAGAUUCAUUCAGCUUAUUUAUCUUGAUAUUUGCAGA